AUUUACAUAUAUAUAUAUAUAUACAUAUGUUUGCAUUCAUGCGAGUGCUUUUAGAAACAACACAAUUUUCUAUCUGCCUUCUCAGUAUUAAAGUGCUAACGAUCGUGCGUGGAGCCCCACAGCAAGUGAAAGCAGCAAACAUGAAAUCCACAAUAAGUUUUGUGCUACUGCUGAUCUACAUAUGCAUUUUGUUUAUCACCACGCCGCAGCAGGCAGCGGCAGCGCCACGCGUUGGUAUUGUUUCUUUACCAACAAUGAGCUUUGUACAGUACCACGAAAUUUCGCCGGACUCGCUUGUGCCUCACAAACGUGUCAAACGCGUUAAAAGAGAUGCCUUCGACAUCGUGCCCGAUCGGGUAAGUGACACUCGUAAUGGGAGUGAACGUGUCAAAGAUCGUUUUCCUGUAUGGGAUGAUGCAAAGGGCGAGCCGGUAUUAGAUUAGUGAUUAUCAAUAAGUUAGCAAUGAUGUAUUAGCUUAAGUGGGUCAACCAGCAUAUAAAAAUAAAUAGACAACAUGAA